AACGACAACUUAAUACAUCAAGCAGAUAAUAAUCCUGCAGUUCGGGGCAGGGCUUCACUCACGCACCGGCUGAUAGCCUCCUAUGGCCUACUCAAACUCAUGCAACGUCUGGAUCCAAAAGUAUGUGGGCUCACCGAUUUAAGAAGUUUUCACAACCAUGACUAUGUGCAACAGCUAUUAGAGAAAAAGACACAAAGCAAUCCAAAAGGAAUCAAUUUAACAGCGGCUGUUCCCAUAAAAUUAAACGCAUCUGUUGCAGAGGAAGAUCAAUGUAGUGUCGAGGAUGAUGACGUUAGCUUAGAUACUACACAUGCUCAUUUGGAGUACGGUUUGGGUUUCGAUUGUCCUAGUUGGAGAGGCAUAUGGGAAUAUGCUUGCACAAUUGCAGGCGGUACAAUGAGUGCUUGUGCAGCACUAUGCAAAUAUGGUUUGCCUAAGAACGGUAAACAAACUGUGAUUAUUAACUGGACAGGUGGUUGGCAUCACGCGCAGCGUGAUCGUGCUGCUGGCUAUUGCUACGUGAAUGAUAUAGUGUUAGGCAUACUUAUGUUGCGGAGGCAUUUUAAGCGUGUACUUUACAUCGAUUUAGAUGUCCAUCAUGGGGAUGGUGUACAGCAAGCGUUUGAAGUGACUCAACGUGUAUUCACAUUUUCCAUGCAUCGUUUUGAAUGUGGCUUUUACCCGGGCACUGGUGGGUUGGAUGAUUGUGGUUUUGCUAGCGGUAAAGGCUAUUCAGCUAAUUUCCCCUAUCGUGAUGGUAUAACCGGUGAAACCUUCUGCAAAUAUUUUAAGCGCGUUUUCAGCAUCAUACAAGAAUGCUAUGCGCCAGAGGCCUAUGUAAUACAAUGCGGUGCUGAUGCUAUUGUGGGUGAUCCGCUUGGAGGUACCAAUCUCAUCCCAGCUGACUUAAUUGAUUGCGUUGAAUUCGUAUUAGAACGCAAGUUGCCUACUGUGCUCUUGGGUGGUGGGGGCUAUGAUUUUACUAAUGCUAGUCUGUUUUGGACUCAAUUAACAGCUACUUGCUGCGGCGUACGACUACCAGUAGAUAUACCUGAGGACAAUAUAGAUUUUCUAAAAUAUGGGCCGGAUUAUAGUCUUAUAAUCAGGCGGUCGAAAAUAAUGAAGGACCACAAUAAUCUCGAGUAUUUGGAAAAGUGCACGCGGACCAUUCAAGAAAAUCUCCGGAAGUUUAAUGUGAAAGCUGUCUGAAACGCCUUUGUGUUGGCCCUACUAAACUUUGUUAUUUCUUUUUUUAUUCAACUGAUUGUGGUUAUUUGUCUUAAUUUAUGGAUUUCAUUUAUAGAUGAACAAUUUACUUUUUGUAAUUACGUUAAUAUUAUAACUUAUAAACUAAAUUCUAAUGUAUGCAUA